AGGACGUCACGGGGUUAGUUCCCUCGUGACCGUGGUUAGUGACACACACCUCCCUCAAUCAUUAUUACAACUUCUACAACUGUUACUAUUGAGAAUUUAUUUUUAUUUAUCUACAUAUUUAUAUUUAUAUGUAUACAUAGUAUAUAUUUGUUAUUGAUGUUAACAAAAAUUGACGUUCCGAUGAAAGUAGUAUGACAGAGUUUGUGUACAGAGACUCGUAGAAAGUGAGAAAUGGGAGCCGGGAACGAAAAGUUGAUUGAUGAACGCGGCCCAGAAUGAACUUAAUUAAUAUUAAUGAUGAAAGGCGUCGGUAACAUCGUAUAUUAAAUAAUAAUAAGGGAGAUCGAGGGUUAAUUACGUGAUACUGUUUUAUUUAUGAUUUAGUGGAUGAGUUAAGCAAACAAAUAAAUGAAUUAAACGAAGGCAUUGGUUAGUGAUGUUUUAAUGAGUUGUGUUAAAUUGCCGUGACCGUGUUGUCGGUUCUGUUGCUCCCAAGUGAUCAAAAGUAAUAGCUAUAACUUGGUUAAUUUUUCUGCAAACACCCUUGGGAAAUCAGUUUACACGAGUACUAUUGUGAUCGAAGUUGUAUCGCGGCAGUUAUCGGAACGAGGACGACAACGGGGAGAUAAAUAAAAGGACUAGUAAUAUGUGAUAUUGUUUAAGUGCUUAAAUGUUUAUAUAUAUUAAGUCUAAGUGUUAAAGCUUUUUGUGUUAUUCGUGCAACGAUUUUUAAACGUGAUUGCUAAUAGUGAUACUGUUUAUUUUAUUAAAUAUUUAAUGUAAAUGGUUUUUAGCGGAGCUAUUUAAAGAUAAACUCGUUUGGGUGUGGCUGGAAAAUUAAUUUGAAGCAACGUCAAUCUAGUGGACGUUGUCUGCUGUGACAAGAGUACGCGAUAAAAAAAUUAAACAUGAUUGACAAUGACAUUGACUGAAUAGUGAAUGUGUUACUUUAUCAUAACUGAAAAUGAAAAAAUCAAAUCGAAGUGCGUUUAUCGAUUAAGUAUUUUAUUGUUUAUUUUUUUUGUACUUUAUUGAGUUAAAGUGCGCGGUAAUGCAACGAAAUUAUAGUAUUGGAAAAUGAUAUAGAGCAAAGAAUGUCUAGUGAGCCAUUAGUUUGAUUCAAUUUUGACUAAUUUGUGGUCAUCACUCAUGAAAAUCAGUCAGUAAUUUAUAUAUGUAUUUAUGGAGAUAUAUUUAAAUACAUCAAAAGGUUUUGUUAUAUAUAUCACGAUAUUAAUGAAGAGCCCAUUGGAAUUGAAAUGUUUAUUUAAGUAAAAUAUUUGCCAGUAAAUUGAAUAAAUUGCAGAUUCCCUUGACUGAACUCGUUUCUAUUGAUACAGUAAUUAUUGGAAAAUAAAUUUAUAAACGGAUAAUAUACUUUGAAAGCUAUAUUUAACAAAUAUAAGUAAAACAAAUAAAAAUAAAAGAAGAAAUAUCAGUCGAGUGUAAAUUUAAAAUCAACUUUAUGCUGUUUACAAAAGCAUGAAAGUUUUUACGACAAAAAGCAUUCUUCAUAAAUCCAUUUGUGCGUCGAAAAAGGAGACGGCUACUGUGAGCAAAGAAAAUCUGUAUGAUAAAAAAGUUGAACAAGAUCUUCUACUAUCUGUCUUUGGAAUUGAAUCAUUCUCUUUACUUGGCGUACGUUUGAACAGCAGAUAUUCUCUGAAGCAUUGAAUCGUAAAGCCGGAGAAUCGAUGAGAAAGUUAUCGUCAAACUGAACGUGGUCCAGAGGAAGUCUACAGCAGCGAGAAGAGAAUAUUUCUGAUAAAAUAUAUAAAUAGUAAUAGUGAUAUUAAUAAUAAUAAUAAUAUAAGUGGGCUUAAUAGUUUUGCUUUGUUUAUGUUGUUACGAUAAAUUGCUUCGAGUGCCUCGUAAGCCGCCACAGUGUGCGGAUUGGGGCGAAUCCUCGGCUACAUCGGCGGAAGACCGUCGGUGGGGGCCGCAAUGUCACAAUCCGGUUCUGGAGAACCCCCUAAUGGCACUAUUCAAAAUGAAAACCCCGGUGAAACGCAACAGCAGCAUCACCAUCAGUCAAAUGGGCCCAAUCAAAAUGGCAUUAAAGCAGCUGAAUCAAAACCUGACUUAUCGAAUGGCUUUGAAAAUCGUACAGUGGAUUACGAGCGCAUGGGAUUGGAACGAAAUCCCGCUGUAUCGUUGCAACAGCCAUCACAAACGGCAGCAGUAUCUUCACGUUUACAACAACAGUAUCCACAUUCGGAGGUUUCGUCAAUGGAUUAUCCAUCAGUAUCCCAAACAGGCAUUUACCCCACUUCCGGGAGAUUACAGUCAACAAUGGGUCAACCAGAGGAUCGACACCCUGUCGUCGCUGGACAACUUCCUGUACAACACCAGCAGUAUCCAUCAGACAAAGCUGGCUUGGAACACGCCCAUGUAUCUCAAACAGCUACUCAGACACUGCCAGUACAAAUUCAGCCGCACUUUGUACCGGAUUUUGUACCUGAUCAGAGUCAGUAUCCACAAGCUCGCGGUCCAUUUGAGGUCAGAUCGCAGAUGUACGCCCAGCAGGCGGGUCAAUACGGCGAUCGCGUCGGCUACGUGACAAGAGACGUCACGUACAGAGACUCAUCGCUUUAUGCUCACACUCAGGGUACCGGUAAUCCGGUGUUUAGCGGACCAACUGGUGGUUAUGUAACAGUCCAGCAUAGUUCUCAGUUGCCAUCGCAAUCGGCAAGUCCCCAACCACCUGGUUUUUAUCCGGGUGUUAUAAUGACGGCUCAACCCACAGUAUCUCAAAGUUAUGGUCAAUUUGCUGGACAACCGCAGUAUACGUACAGUCAAUAUCCACAGACUUUGAUGAAUCCAAUACCCUAUAAUCCACAUGCCCCUAUCUACACGGCUCAACAGUUUAAUCAACAAACUUCACCUAAUCCCCAGAGAUACUCACAAGAGGUGUCUCAAUAUCAAGGUCAACCUAUCAUUCAGCCGAUCGCACAAAACGUUAUUGCAUCGGGAACUGAUAGAUCUGUUAAUAGUAAUACAACACGAGGUCCUAAACCAAUGGUACCCCCUCGCAUUAAUUCUAAGAUCACCAGUGAUUCGGGAAAUCGAAAAUCAAUUACUGAUAUGCCAGUAAUUAAACCCAUGACUACUACUACUACUAAUGCUAAUACUCCUGGAGCUGGUAUUAGUACAGCAAAUACUGGCGUUGUUAAUCAAAAUGUACCUCCUACAUCACAGGAACCAGCAACUACACUUACAACGACUACUGCUGUUCCCGUAUCAGAUGCCCGAUCUUUUCCAACUCCUGUUAAUCAAACACCAAGAACACGCCAGGACGGUUUAUACGUUGAUUCAACCAAUGAUCAGUCAACGAGAGACACGAUUGUCGACACGAUAGCAAGCGACUGCGGUCUCUAUGUGUCGCGCUCCGAACACCGCAAAUCUGUAUCUGUAGACGUGACUACAAGUUUUCCCAGACGAAAUGAUACUAUUACUUUUACGUUCCCUGGAGAUACAGGAGACGCGUCUACGUUGACUGCACGGAAACCUCCGUCGGGGUUGACCGAAAAAAAGUGGACUGCAGAGAAUAAUCAAGUUUUUCAAAAUGAUUCUACUAAACGAAUUGAACCGGUUCUCCGAGUAUCUGCAAUGCCCUACGAUGUGCGACAGGAUAAUCGAAAAAGCGUCAUGUCUGACAUAACAAAUAGAAAACCAUCCGAAUGGGGAAACAUUAGUCCAAAUCAACGUCCAGUAAUGCAGCAAGAAAACAGACGUUCGGAUUAUUUUGAAGAGCAUCGACGUUCGCCAAUGCCUGUAGUUAUUGAUCCGAAGCGUAUUGAAGAUGUGAGAAGAUCGCCUAUGCCAUUUAUGGCCGUUCGUGAUAAUUCGUGCGAACGAGCUCCACAAAACAGUCCGUCAUACGUUGCUAGUCAGAAUUUCGAAAAAACACGUCAGGAAUUGGUAAUUUGGGCUGAGCAACGUCAGCGUCACGAUGUCGAGCGCACUAUGAUUCCGAAUCCAAUGUUCACAACGAGUCCUCGUUCACGAAACCCGUCGGAGGAACGCCGAGAUCCCCGAGUGAUGAUCCCUCUUGACGAGCAGCAACGUGGCAAAGACAUCAGAGUUCCCCAAGUUGCAUUUCAGCCGAUUCCUAACAUCAGCCAGAACACGAUAAUGGAACAGCGCCGUCAUCUUCGUCAUGUUAGCGCAGAUUUGACCAAACACAUGGAACUCUCUCGCAAGGAUUUCGAGGAUCAACCAAUCACCGGCUCUGUAGCGAAUCUCGGUCCUGGGAUAAGUACUACAUCGUCUCAACGUGCUAGUCCAAAUUUGUGUCAUCAGUUUCCUGCGUUAAGUGAAGCCAAGCUUGACACUAAGACGCUGCUGACUGUUGUAACAGAUUUCAGUGGUGAUAAUCCGAUGAAACCGCUUGAGCAGAGUGAUCACAUAAUACACAGUCACAAGAAAAGCCACAAUAUAUCUGCUUGUUUGUUAACACACAGUAAGAGCCAAGCUGAGAAUCUUCAGUCUGCUUCGGGAGAUUUGCUUGCUGAUAAAACCGAAUACAAUCAUUCUCAGCAGCAUCUACAACAGCAGCAGCAGCAGCAAAUGCACAAUCAACAAAGUCUUGAUAUGAUUGCCGAGAAGCUUAGCCAAUUUGAACGUCAACAAAGUGAUCUUCAGGCACGACUCCAGUGUCUACAAAAUCAAAAUCAGCUUUUGGAUCAAGUUGCUCAGUACCAGCACCACCAAACUGAUUUGCAGUCACGCCUCCAGUGUCUGCAAGACCGUCAGGCGACCGAAAAAUCGAUGCGCCAGGCUAUAGAGUUACAGCAGAAAAACGUCUUCAACGACAUGCAUCACAUGCAAAUGAAAGCCUUCGCGGAUCAAGCUAUCGACCAACAACAGCAGCAACAUCAUCAUCAGUCCGAGCACAAGCAAAUAAUCGAUCAUCAGCAUUUAUUACAUCGUAAUUCUGGUAACGCAUAUCUGUCAGCCGCCGGUUUUACCAAUCAAAUGUGUCAAUCACUGACAUCCGAUAGAUUAUCGCCUCGCAUUCAAGUCGAGUCAUCUGAGCUAGAGCGAGCAUCGCAAAUUACAUUACCAACUAACUCACAGUUUGAAAGGAAUGACGGGACACGCGGCUCCCAGCACCAGUAUCGAUUGAUGUGCCAGUCGACUGCAGACGCGCCAGACAACAUUGUUGCUAGUUGUCCUUCUUCUUCUUCUUCUUGCUCAUCUUCCAAUGCAAUAAACGUCACCUCUGCCAGCAGUCUCACCGCACCCACAGGGGUCACGUUUUCCGGGACCCUCAAGAAAGUACCGCCGGAGAAGCCUCCGAGGACUUCGCUCAUUGUCCAGUCGCCCGAGGCAGAGAGCAACCGGAGCCAGCCUGCUAUUGGACUAAAGCAAACACCGAAAGCAAGGCCGACAAUAUUUGGAACCGUAGCUUCAGACCUUAAUCCUAAGGACGGCAACAGUCGAAGGAGCUUGCCACAGACUCCAGCCGGAGGCGUGGGUGGAAAGGGACUGGGAAGUGGAUGUGGCGCCGGCACAGGUCCUGGAAUGGUCAACGGUGCAGCCGUCGACCAUCAGGACAUUCGGGACGGCGUCGCCAUAAACACGGAACACGCAUUAGUUUAUCGUGAUGGUAAUCUCGUGUCAGGUUCUUUGGAGGCACUAGUGCAGCACAUGGUACCAACAGAAGACUAUUAUCCAGACCGGGCAUAUCUCUUUGCGUUUUUGCUGAGUGCACGGCUCUUCAUCAAACCCCACGAGCUGCUCGGCGAAGUUUGUGCACUGUGCGAGCAUCAGCAGAACCUCAAUGGCGAGGGUGGAAAAGAACGGCUGCAGCGUUUCGUCCCACGACUGGUGCAACUUCUCGCCGAGUGGACGGAAACUUUUCCAUAUGACUUCCGAGACGAGCGAGUUAUGGGUCACGUGAGGUCUAUCACCCAGAAAGUGGCUGCCGUGGACGCUGCCGCGCGACAAGAAGUAUCAGCUCUUUUGCAAAAUUUAUUGCUACGUCUAACGGCACUUGAACGCUACGAGGAGGGAUUGUCUAGACUUGCCACCGAAGCUGCCACAGAACAACUCACUCAGGUCGACGUAACAGAAUUAUGUCCAUCGGCAACAGUACUGGCACAACAAUUGACCCACGUCGAGCUCGAGAGACUCUCGUACAUCGGACCCGAAGAGUUUGUACAGGCAUUUGCGAAGGAAUCGCCCCAUCUGGAGACCUCCUUCAAAGACAUGAAGAAGACGAGGAAUUUAGAAUCCUACGUUCAGUGGUUCAACAGACUGAGCUACUUUGUCGCGACCGAAGUUUGCAAACACGCUAAGAAGAAACAGCGAGUCCGCGUCGUGGAAUAUUGGAUCGAAACGGCCAGGGAAUGCUUCAACAUAGGCAACUUUAAUUCCUUAAUGGCCAUUAUUGCAGGAUUAAACAUGUCUCCUAUUUCACGGCUAAAGAAAACUUGGUCAAAAGUACAGUCGGCAAAGUUCUCAAUUCUCGAGCACCAAAUGGACCCUAGCAGCAACUUCAGUAGCUACCGCAGCACUCUAAAAGCAGCAAUGUGGCGCAGCGUCGGUGCUACCGACGAAAGACAGCGAAUUGUCGUUCCUUUCUUCAGUCUCCUUGUCAAGGACCUCUAUUUCCUCAACGAAGGCUGCAGUAACAAACUUCCAAAUGGUCACAUCAACUUUGAAAAGUUUUGGCAACUCGCCAAACAGGUGACUGAGUUCAUAGCAUGGAAGCAGGUGGCUUGUCCUUUUGAAAAGAAUUCACGGGUCAUUGCUUUUCUACAAGCCAGUCCAGUGCUCACUGAAAAUGCUCUUGCCUUAGCUUCCUUUGAAUGCGAGCCACCUGACAACAAUCCAGAGAAGGAACGUUAUAAAGCUUUAAAAUCUGAUUUAAAUGCCCAGUGAAAAAGAGCUAGCGCUACUGAGUGGGAGAGAUACUGAAGUAGACACGUAUAUAUUAAUACUAAUAUAUAUAAGAACAUAAUAAUCAUACAUAUUAAGAUUAAACAUAAAGAUUUACGACAGGCUGAUCAAAGUAAGUCGAUUAAGCCAAAUUUAAAAACUCCUGAUUCUAAACUACAAACUCAUACUACGAUUUUAAAACAGUAUCAACUUUAAUAUGCAUUAAGAGUUUUUAUUGAGUAUGCAUUUAUCCGCUUGGAAGUAUCUCAAAGUUUAUAUUUUUUAUUACUUUUACCCCCUCCCCUCCCACCUUUUAUUAAAAUUAAACGAGAGAGUUUGUCCUUUUAAAUGAAAUCUUGUUUUAGAUUUUUUAAUUAUUUUGAGAUACUGUCAAGUUGAUUAUUUAACUGUACAUAGAAAUACCUUUUGAUAUACGCUCGUUUAAUAUAUUAAUAUAUGAAUAUAUGAUAGCGAUAAAUAUAAACAAAAUAAUAAUAUUGAGUGGAUUUUAAAAGGAGGAUUUUUGAAAUCCAGUAAAUUUAUUAUCCACUGAAAUUAUUUAUAAAAAUAAAAUAUUUAAUAGUGAUAAGAAAAAACAACUCUCUCGACUAAGUAUUAAAAUUAGUAUUAUAAUUUGAUUAGUUAAUUUAAUUAAUAUAAAUAUAAAAUUAACUACUGUUCAAAUAGUCGUCAUAAAUAAAUCGGUAGACGAUUUGUUUAAAAUUUGAGAAAAGAAAAUGAAUCCACGUAAAAUACUACAGGAAAAAAAAAACGGAAGCGAUUUUUUUAUUACAAAUAGGGACCAAGAGUUUACUCUCCUUGGGAUUUUAAAAAUACGUGGGAUUAAAACCGUGAUUACAUAACCGUAACAACGAGAUACAUAUGUCUAAAAAAAUCACUACCAACAACAGUAACACCAGUCAAUCGUAUUUAAAAUAACAAAAAGUUAUUAAUUAUUUAAAAUGUGCGCCGCUGCAUCUCGACACGAAAAGGCUGCAGAAGAAAGUAUUCACUAAAAAAUAUAAACUAGAUAAAAUAGUGCGGUUCGAAAUUUAUUUACAAACAAUUUUUUAGUACUUUCAGUUCUCAAAAAAAUUCAAAUUAUUUUGAAUAUCGAAUUAUCUGGCGCGAUGCCAAUAUAUUUUUAAUUUAUAAUUUAUUGAGCCCAACUAAUCAUAUGCACGUUAUCGAGUAUUCAAUUCAAAUUAUCAAUAACAAGAGACCAUUUAUAAAAUAUAUAUAUAUAUAUAUAUAUAUAUCGUUAACUGUAGACAUGGAUAAUUUUCCAUUGUCCGUAUUAAUCACGGCGUAUCAAUGUAAUCCCAUUUUAUUUUUAUCAUUAUUUUACCCUUUUAUUUUAAAUUAAAUCAAAAUUUCCCGCGCAAUAAUUUUAUAUUUUUUUAAACAAAAGCUUUUGAACCUGCAUUUUAAUCUUUUAUUACAUUUACUAUUUUAUAAAGUGAUUUUAAUUUAAAAACGCUUCGCUAAAUCCGCUGCGUUUUGUAUUAACGGACUGCUAAAAAUAUAAAUUAAGCAAUUACGUCAAUCUCUUUUAUUAUACAGACGCAAAAACAAGUAAUAAAUAAUAAAUACAUGUCUUAUAGUACUGAAUUAUAAUGAGACACUUACUAUUAGUUCUGUAAAUAGUAAAAAAAAAAGAAAAAAAGAAAAAAAAAUUACUUACGUGUACGUAUUCGUAAUGUUGAGGUAAUGGAGCUAAAAAAAUUAGUGUAUGGUCGAAUGGACGAGUCUGUUUAGAGUAUACAAUUAAAUAUAUAUAAUACUUGUAUUGACGUAUGAAAACUCGACAUAUAUAAAAAAGUAUGAAUUAGACACUUAAAAUAUAUGAAGUAUCAUAAACGCACGAGCAUUUUAAUAAAAUGUCUCAUGAACAGAAAAACAUCUUAAAUAAUUGUUUGUUUUCUAGUCACUAGUUAUUAGUUAUCGAUAAAUUUAAAAGACAGCCAAGCGAAAUGUUUUUAACAAUUUAUUUAAAUCCGGUUUUUAAAUUUUAAAAUACAAUUAUAUAUUUUAAACUAUUUAUAUUUAUAGAUAUUUAAAUAAAUUGAGUUGUUUGAAGAAAAAAAAAUGUUAAGGUUUUAUUUAAAUUAAACGUACGCAGAAAAAAUAAUUUUUUGGCGCCAAAAAUUGUAUGGUUCUGAAGUCAGCAGACAAUUAAAGAUUUUUUAACUUUUUUUUAUCAUUUAAUUUAAAAAAAUAAAUAAAUAAAAAUAUGCACAUGUAGAAAAUUAAGAAAACUAUAAGUGCAAUUUUUCAAAAUAUUUUUAUUUUAUAAUUUAUCGUUUUUGGAAAAAUCUAAAAACUAUUAGUCGGCUAACUGCAGUAUCAUAAAAUUUUGACGUCUCAAGAAAUUUUUUGAAUUAUUUACUAAAAGCAAAAACUUUCUUGAGGUAAAAAAAAAAUUUUUUUCAGUCGUAAGAAAAUUUUUGUCUUCAAGUCACAGUGCAAAAUAUUUCUUGCGCCAAGGAAUUUUUUUUUCUGUGAAAUAUUUUACCCCACAUUCCACGUGAGUGAAACUAAUCUAUUAAAAAAAAAGUAAAUAAAUACAAAGUGUUUAAAUAUUAACGAUUUAAAAUUUAAAAAUAUAAAUUGUUCGUUCGCACGUACAAAUAAACAUUAUAUACAUUAUGGAUGUUGUUAUUUAUAUCUCAUCGGGAAAAUGAUAUUGCUGAGAGUUAUAUGAACAGAAACUUUUAAUAAAAACACCUCAUACAGUUGCAGAUAAAUCGAAUCUAUAUACAUUUACAUUUAUAUACACAAACACAUAAAACAAAAAAAAUUGUUUUCAUUUUUAGACGCGAGUAACAACCAAUCAUAAUAUAUAUAUAAAUAUAUAUAUUGCCACGUAUCGAUCAUAAUUUUUUCUGUGUCUAAAAGUGAGGAAAGUCGGAAUUAUUUAUACGAAAAAUUUUAAGUUGUGUUCAAAUAUUUGUAUCAAUUGAAAUAAAAAUGUUCGCACUACACAUUCAUGCACUAAAAAUAUAUAUGACUGUAUGUUUGUAAAACAUAAAUAAUAUUAAUAAUUAUAAUAAUAAUAAUAAUGAUAAUAAUAAUAAUUAUUAUAAAACUUUUUACGUUUUAAACCCGUCCUCAGUGUAAAUAUGUCAAUUUACAAUAAUAAUGUUUUUACUUGCGCUGUAUUACGACCGAAUACGUUGGGACUUGUACAUAUAUACUUUUUCGUUAUAUAUUAUUAUUAUGAUAUUAUAUAAAUAUAUAAAUAUAUAUAUAAGAAAAA